AUGUACCAGAUGAUCACGCUCGGCGGCGACGCGGAGCUCGAGCUCGUCGACUCCCUCGACCCCUUCUCCGAGGGCAUCGUCUUCUCCGUGCGCCCGCCGAAGAAGUCCUGGAAGAACAUCGCGAACCUCUCGGGCGGCGAGAAGACGCUCUCGAGCCUCGCGCUCGUCUUCGCGCUCCACCACUACAAGCCCACGCCCCUCUACGUCAUGGACGAGAUCGACGCGGCCCUCGACUACAAGAACGUGUCCAUCAUCGCCAACUACAUCAAGGACCGCUGCCGGUCCGCGCAGUUCGUCAUCAUCUCGCUCCGGAACAACAUGUUCGAGCUCGCGGACCGCCUCACGGGCGUCUACAAGACGCACAACGUCACCAAGACCAUCACCAUCAGCCCCGACGCCUUCGCCGCGACGCUCGCCCAGGCCCGGGCGCCCGCGGCGCCCUCGCCGCUCCGCGACGCGACGAACGCCGCGGUCCCCGCGGCGUGA